AUGACCAAAGAGUGGCUCAAGUACCGGACGACGAUCCUGGGCCUUUACAAGGACCAGAGCAAGACCCUCGAUGAGGUGAGGCGGAUAAUGAAGGAGGAGUAUGGGUUCGAAGCAUCAGUCCGGGCGUAUCGGUCCCGUUUUGACAAGUGGAGAGUCCACAAGUACAACUGCGCGCGCCGGCGGGCGGCGACAGUGACGGCGGCGGGCGGCUACCAGCAGCAAGGAGGGUAUCUGCGUGGAAAUCGGGACGGCCACGUCCAGAGGCCGCACGCCGAGUGCCAGUUCCUGCCCGUGGGGAGGCAUUACUCCGCACCCGACGUGUUGGUAACGGAAAGCGAUGUCCGCCCGUAUACACCACAGGGGUCUUACACGCGGUCGGGGAUCAAGUCUGAGCCACAUGUGGACAGCGAAACCAGCCCUAGGGUCCUGACCGUCGGCGGAGACUUUCCCGGACAGGCGUAUCGCCCAUGGUAUGAGUCGCACAGCGAGAACAUCGCAGACUCCACACACCAAGCCCCGAAGGCGAUGGGCGUGGCCAGCUCGCCGACGCGCAUGCUCCUCAACAGCGGCCUCCCUGUCCGCUCAGACAACAGCCUCUACCACAACACGGAACAGCUCCACUGGAUCAUGCACGCAAUCCAGCUCCCGCUCCAGCAGCACGCCCUCGAGUCGCUGCGGCAGUGCCUCCUGUGCAGCCCGGACGUGACCCGCGCCCUCCCGAGCGGCGAGACCCCUUUCUCCCAGCUGGCCAACAUGUUCUGGCAGCAGCUAGCCUCGGACGGCACGCUGGGACCCGACCCCGUGUGGAAACUGGCCUGCGAGUGCCUGCGGCAUUGCCUCGUUUUGGGCGCGGACCCGGACGUCCUGGUCGGCGACAGGCCCUUCCUCUUCCGGAUCCUCGAGCAGCCCGCCAGGACCAGGGCGUUCGGGCUUCUCUGGCCCUUCGUGUGGCGCCUCGCCUUUGAGGCCAGCCCGGUCAGCAACAACCACGGCUUCAACGCGCUCCACUCGCUGCUGCUACUGCCCCCGGGCGACGAAACCGCGGCCCCUGCCCCGGCACCCACGACAACAGAGGCCUCCGCCCGCGCGCACCUGACCAAGCUCCUAAUCGGCCGCGUCGCGGCGGCGGGGCGACUGGCCGACCGCAACGCCGCGGGGCUGACGGCCCUCCAGCAGUACGUCUACCACGCCGCGGCGCGCGACCCGCCCGAGCACGUCCUCGCCAUCUGCGCCGAGCUCGUCCGGCACGAGGGGCAAGCUGCCGCCGCCGGCGGUGGUGACACGAGCGCCGUUGUCCCGCUGUCGUUCGUCGGGGAGCUGCGCGCCGGGAAGCUGCCCCCGGGCCUGCAAGCCCACGACGCCGGCGGUGGUGGUGGCGUUUCCGCCGCCGCAAGUUUCUUGCCCUUCGUGUGGACCUCGGCGUGCCAGCAGAGUCUGAACGGGGACGCCGCCGCCGCCGAGGACCACCUGGAUGUUGUGCUGCUUUGCGCCGGCGGGCGGGUCGAUGCUGAGGGCCUGAGGGCACUGCUGCCGCGGCCGGCGGUGGUGCCGGUCGCUCUUCCUAGUCCCGUCUCGCCAAGAGGGGAGAUCAAGUAUGCUUGGUAA